GAGAAACAAAAACCUUCGUCUCAGGGGAAACCACGCCCACUUUGUUUUAAACUCAUUAACCACGCCCCAUUUCCCGCCCCUUCUUAUGCGUAUGAGAGCGUGGGUCAAAAUGUUUGCAGUCUGUUUGUGGUUCCUUGCGUGUAAUUUACUCGUUCUUUUCGGACUGUAGCUUGUCGUGACCAGUAAUACCAAUCUUUAAAGCUGUAGCAAUGUAGUUUAGGAUCUACUUCGCUGGUAACUUCUCCGGUUUAAAGGGACAUUAACGGCUGGAUGUAACGCUCUGAUCAAAGAAACCGCCUCUACUGUAACAAACGGCAUCUUUGUUUCUGGUGGUUUUAGUCGAAAUGCCUGUAUCUUAAUUUCAGUUCCUCAGGACAUGAUUUCGGAGGAUGGAAACGAACGACGACGUGUCACUUAGAGAGCAGCUCUUCCACGACCGGGUCCGAGAGAUCAUCAUUUGCGUGCAGCUCUUUGUCUGCCUAUACAUCUUGUCCUACCUCAUUCUGACACAUUUCAGGAAGAAUGCCGAGUUUGUUACGGAUGAUGUUGAGGAUGCCACUGUGAAUAAAAUUGUGCUGUGGUUGUGCACGUUCACUCUCUCUGUAGCCGUGGGUGCAGUUCUCCUCCUGCCCAUUUCCAUCCUGUCCAACGAAGUCCUGCUGACUUUUCCGCACAACUACUACAUGCAGUGGCUCAACGGGUCGCUUAUCCAUGGUCUCUGGAACUUGGUCUUUCUCUUUUCCAACCUCUCCUUGGUCUUCCUCAUGCCCUUUGCUUACUUCUUUACAGAGUCAGAAGGCUUUGUUGGUUCCAAAAAGGGUGUCAUGGCCCGGGUGUACGAGACCACUGUGAUGCUGCUUCUGCUCAGUCUACUGGUGCUUGGCAUUGUGUGGGUGGCAUCAGCGCUCCUCCAUGAUAACAUGGCCAGGGAAAAUCUCUAUGACCUGUGGGAGUAUUACCUGCCCUAUCUCUAUUCUUGCAUCUCACUGUUCGGAGUGCUGCUGCUAUUAUUGUGCACUCCCUUUGGAAUGUCACGAAUGUUCAGCAUCACUGGAAGUUUAUUGGUUAAACCACGGCUGCUGGAGGAUGUGGAGGAGACGAUGAACUGUGCUGUGUUUGAAGAGGCUUCUCUAUCCAGGAAACUCAACAAUAACAGCACCUCCUGCUGGCUGAUCCUGAAUAUAGAGGCAAUGAAGAGGCAGUUUGUGAGCAUACAGGCCAAGCGCAUGGCUCUGGAGACUCGGAGGAAGGCGUCUGCGUGGCAGCGUAACCUGGGCUACCCACUGGUCAUGCUGCUGCUCCUAGCUUUAACUGUGGUGUGUGUGCUGAUGGUGUGUUUUCACGUGCUGGAACUGCUUUUCGAUGAGUCCGCCAUGCCCAGAGGAAUGGAGGAUCCACACCUGGGUUUGGCUUCCUUCUCUAUGUUUGGCUCUCUGGGGGCCACUAUGCAAGUUGUUCUUAUCCUCUAUCUGAUGGUGUCUUCAGUGGUGGGUUUCUACAGCUCUCCUCUCUUCAGCAGCCUUCUGCCUCGAGCUGAAGACACGAACCUCACACAGAUCAUAGGGAACUGUGUGUCUCUCCUGGUGCUCAGUUCGGCUCUGCCUGUGUUCUCCCGUACUCUGGGAAUCACAAGGUUUGAUCUGCUUGGGGACUUUGGACGGUACAACUGGCUGGGAAACUUCCACAUAGUCUUCCUGUAUAAUAUGCUUUUCGCUGGUCUCACCUCCGCCUGUUUAAUCAACACGGUCACGUGGGCCGUGCAGAGGGAACUCAUCCGUGCCUUUGGUCUCCAUCGCCUGCCUUUUACCGUGUCCCGAUCGGCAGUCCAUGUCAGGCUCCUGUUGACAAGUGGACUCUCAAAAAUCCAGUGAUUUUAGCACUUUUCUGGUACAUCAGUGGAGGAAGUAUUUUUAAAUGCAGUGGAAGAUUUCAGACCAGAGGCAAGACGUGUUCAGUAUGUCAGCCUACGGAUGACCAGAAGGCUGGUGGAGGAAUGAGGUGUCUUGCAGUCUGGUGAAGGUCAAAGCAGCUGCCUGUGAAGUGAUGAUCAUCGCUUCACCUACAGGACCUCAAGCGUUUAAGCUUUCACUGCAGGUUUUAUUGCAGGUACCGUGUGGCUCCACAAACACGGGAAGUUCUUCAAGAGGGGUCAAGGCUGCCUUCAGGUUCUCUAAAGGUCAUGUGUUUACAUUUUCUGACCAAAUGCCUUAAUGAAACAUGCGCACUGGCUGUCAGAGGUGCGACUCCGACACCUAAACAUUCACUGACGCUAUUUCAGAGAAUGACCUCAUAAACUCAACUGUCCCUUUCCUGUUAAGCUCGGCCAAGACGCCUUCCUCCCACCCACCACUAUUUUUAGUGUGCAUCCAUCCCAUUGCUGUUCUUCAGUGGGUCUUAAUGACACUUUCGGAGGAAGGCCGUCGCAGGAAGCCCAGUUUGAUGAGAGAGGGAGGAUACAGGAUGCUCUUUACAUUUUGAUGAAACAACCUCGUUAGAGUGAAUAGGGAGUAUGUUUCUCCUCGUGGAGUUUUUUUUCCCCUCAGUGUUCAAAAAGCUCUUAAGCGCCAAGUUAAUGUUUUAUAGUUGAGUUUCAUGUGAAGCUUAAUUCAAACUUGCCUUCGAGAUCCUUUUGUGAUAAAUCCAGGUUUUUAAAACUGUCUUGGACCAUUGUAACUGUGAAUAUUAUUUUUUUAUGUGGUAAUUAAGCAUGUGCAAUAAUAUAUUUGUAGUGUGUGUUGGAUGUGAGAUUAUGUUCCAUCAGUGCCAGUCCUAAAUACAUGACACGCAGUGUUUAGUCUCUGAAAUGCAAACACUUUUUAAUUACUGAUAUACAGGGAGAAUUAGCUUGCAUAACUGACGGUGAUGCCGCUUUUCUUCUCUGGGACUAUUUAUAAUCGUUUUUUGUUUUUUUGUGUGUGUGUGUGUGUGUGUGUGUGUGUGUGUGUGUGUGUUUUACAAACUAUUUAUACCUUUCGCUUUUACUUCAUUUGCUGUAUCAGCAUGUUUUAAACAAAUGUUCUACAAGCAAUGGCCAGAAGGGGACAGUGUAUUCCAGUCAGACUGCAAGGUUUUAUUUAAUGUGCUUUAUUUCUCCUCCGAUGGAAUGGCAUUGAAAAAUCUUUCCUUUUUUUUUUUUUUUUUUUUUUUUUUUUUUUUUUUUUUUUUUUGCUCUCUUACACUACCUUAUCAAUGAUGAGCUCACUUUUUCCACAAUAUGCAUUUGUAUUGCACAAUAUGCGUAUUGUAUAUGCAUGUGGUUGAUGUAGCUGGUAGAAAGAUUGAAAGUCAUUUUGAGCUGUCUUAAUUAGCAAUUAUGAUCUAAUCGGUCUUUAAUUGUUAAAAAGGUUUUUUUUUUUUUUUAAAUCCAAAGAAAAAUCUGUACCAGUCUGUACCAAUACAAUGACAAGGGUAUAAAAACAUUAAUGAAUUUGCCAAACACAAUUACACACUGUUUACAUUGUCUGUUAAUGAACAUUUGAAUCACACAAAAGAACAAUAAAUGUAUUUUCAUCCGUUUUUUUUUCUUCUAAACACUGUGUCUUUGUCCUUUGUGUAGGAAGAUUGUUAGUUACUUGAAUGGCUGUAAAGGGCAACAGUUGAAGUACAUCUUUCCAGAAGUGUUGCGUAAAAGGAUUAAAGUUCCUGUCAUGCUAAGCGCUAUGCCACCUCUUCGAUUCCGUCCUUGUUUUGUUGGGCUUGUGUGCCCUUUUUUUAUUUUUAUUUAGACGCCUACCCACUAUGCAGAGCUGUCCAGCUUUAAUCAGCAGCGCCUUUGUGUCCAGGGUCUGUCAGCACGCCUGUAGAAAGGGACACAAUGCUGCUUCUCCAGCCUCUGCUUUCCUCCACGCAGAUGCCCCUGGCACAUAAACCUCUACAUCAUCAUCAUCAUCAUCAUCAUCAUCAGAGCCCCGGCCACGUGCACUCUCUCCUUCACCGCCCUACCACUGGCGUCCGUUUUCUGUGACUAGUGUUCAUUUCCUUUUCCUUUUUGUCCAUCAUUCGGAACAGAAAAAGAAGCCCCGGUCUUCUGAUUGCCAUUUCUUGUCGGAUGUCUUAAUUGAGGAUAGUUUUGAUUUUUGUAGCUGUUUUCUCUCUGUGUUUCCUCUGUGCAAGUGCUGAUAAUAACCUACGCAACAGCAGACACUCUAUGUACAUGGAAACAUUUUCUUUUUAAAUAAGGUUUUUUUUUUUGUUUAGUUUUUUUAAAUGCACCUAUUCCUCUUAGUUACCAUUGACAUGGAUUAUUUAGGAAAGAAUGGAAACUCUUGUUUUUUGCGUACAUUUUCUUUCCUUAUCAGCUUAUCUUAUUGGGGGUUGGGGGUUCUGGGCAGAAGUCCUUGUCGCAAAUUCAUUGUAUUUCUCUUCCUGAAGGUGGUGUAAAGGGUGGACACACAUCACAGCUUUAGUGUAACUGAGGCCAUUUGACUGGUCAGAUUUACUUCAGCAUAUCGGACACAAAGCGGGACACAGCCGGCUUUUCGUGGGAUGUGAUAGGCUAUCUUUAUUGUCAAAGCAUAAGAAUGAAGAGGGGGGAAAAGACUUAGAUUAGCUUUUUGAAGUGUGAGCCAAAGUGCACUAGGAGUUAUUAUUCCUACAGGCAAAUAGAAAACUGGUGGCAGGAAAAGGCGAGACUUCUUGUUAAUCGGCUGAUAAUAGGCCAUGCUGUCCGCCUGCCCGUGCGUACCCACACCCUCACUGCACACUCACAGCACACUUACUUCACACACUUCACAAGAGAUUAAUACUGUGAGCACAAUUUUGUGAAAUUUUUACAUUUUGGCAACACAGUUAGCUGAUUUGACCUUUUUUGUGUCCAACUGAUUUUACCUUUUCAAAUAUGUACAUAAGGUAAGGAUAAACACCAUUUUAAACAUUUAAACAAAGUGUCUUAUACAACAUCCUAUGUGCAUAUUUCAGAUAAAUAACUUUAAUAAAACAUUAAUAAAACCUC